CCUAGUGCCUCAGCAUGCAAGUUUAGAUCUGCGCCUGUCGGAUCAGGCUGUUGCAAAUGUAUCUGCGGGUAAUAUUAAUAACAGGCGCCGAUGCGUGAAAGCGGGUAACGUUAACUAGCUAAUGCUAUCCAACUUACUCACACUAAUUCGCUAGCAUCUGUUUCGUAGCUUGUUUUGUACAUUUGCACGAAAGAGAGACGGGCUGAAAUAUUACUGACUUUUUGCUUAGCUGUGAGCGACUUAGCCUGCAGACUAAAGCCAGCUUCAGCCUCGCGCUAGCUGGCCAUCAGCAAGAUAACUAACAUUAGGUAACGUUAUCAGGAAAGCUGUAUCUAGCUAAAGUAAUUAUAGUAGCUAUAAUGGGCUGGUAGGUUCAGUGAUUUUGAAUGCACUCCGGGAAGCUUUUGAUAGCUGACUGAAAUAAGGACUAAGUUAUGUCUCUUACCCACCCACAAACUUAGACCCAGCACAGGCCAGCUUGAUCCUAGUGAUCCUUCAUAAUGUUUCGGGUCUAGGUAGUUAGCCUAGCCAGCUAUGAUCUAACCAAGGUGAACAUGUGCCACUGGACUCUAUUUGAAAAUAGCUAUUUCGCACAAUAGGAAUAGGUCUAUGAAAGCUCUUAAGCAUGUUAAUAGUUAGUGCUAGCUUAAAUAUGACUUGCUAGUUGGCUACUUGCAAAAAUGUUGCCCAAGUAGUGCCCAUGCAGUAGAUAAGUCAGUUAAAUCCUGGCCAAACGCAUUCAAGAUGUAGACUUAAAUUCUAGCUGAAGUAGCUAUACCUAACCAGCUCAGCACAGACCAUUGCACCAUUCUCGAACGACGUUGCAGGUCACUGGUUCGCUAGCAACCUAGCAGUAAGCCUUGCUUUCCAUGGGAUAAAUAAUUGGGUAGCUAGCUAACGUUAGCUAUACCUGAAGUAGCUGAUGUUGACUGAAAAUAUUGGAUUCUGUCCUCCUAGCUAGGCAGCUAGCUUUACCAGUCCCAAUUUUGCAACGUCCAAAUACCUUUAAUCUCUUUCACUUGCGGUUAACGGGCUUGGUUCUUUGUCGGACAUUUUGAGGGGAGCAGAAUUUAUCCCAAAAAUGUUUGCCCCUCAAGUUUAAUGUCGUUAGGCUACGUCGCACUUUUUACGGUACUGCGAACAAAGUAUCAUUAUCAAAAUAGGUAGGACUUCACGACUAACACUUUGUAUAUGAUUAUAUGGGAGAAUGGAAAGUUUUCCUUUUUUGGAUAUAGGUUCGGGGAGGAUCGACACUGGUCCGAUCGCAGGCAUGUCAGCGUUCAGAGAAGCAACAAGUUCUUAAAAUAAUUUCCAUUAUAAUGUUGGCGGUCUGACAAUACUGACAAAUCUCCGCAUUGCUUGGGGAUUCUAAGAGUUACAUUAGCGAAAGACGCGUAUUUUCUGACAGCGUUUAACACUGGAUGUACGGCGAAUCAAUUAAACAAAAUAACUUCAAGAUUUUCCUAACUUCAGUAACACCCAAAAAAAAAAAGAAACAUUGUUUUGUCUGUGCCACGCAACAUGAAUUGUAUCGCCCAAGAGAACUUUUGAAACAACAGAUUUCAAUGCAAUUCGAAGUCUUCUCCAGACAUCAGGAAACGAGAAGAGGGACAUGCAUCACCAAGAGGAGGAGCUGGAGCUGGAGGAGAUGGGCCAGCGUCUGCGGGAGGACGGGCUCCCCCCCACGGCCUCGCCGGACGAGCGCCAGCGCCACCUGUGGCGCCUGCUGCGCCGCUGCGAGGGCAGCCUGGCGUCGGCCACGCAGGACCUCCAGACGCUGCGCACGCAGCAGGCCGCCGAGAUGAAAGAGGUGGAGAACUACGUGGAGCACAUCCGCAACCUGCUGGAGGACCGCGAGUCGCUGACGGCGGAGUACGAGCGGGAGAACGAGCAGCUGCGGGCCGAGCUGCAGCAGAUGAAGAUCCAGCAAGACGCCCAGCUGAAGGAAGUGGUGGAGAUGUUGGACCAGGAGGGCCUGGCGGACAUCAGCCAGAGCAGCCCCAGUGAGCAGGUGGCCUACCUGCUGGUGGAGAGGGCCACGCUGCUGGAGAGACUGGAGGCCGCAGAGAGGAAGGUGGACACCCAGAGCUUGACAGGCAGCCUGAGAGAGGUACACCUGCAGGAGGAGCUGGAUCACAUCCGCCGUACGAUGGAGGAGGAGCUGCGGCAGCAGAGGGAGACCAUGCAGCGCACCAAGGAGAGCAUGAACAAGGACCAGCAGUCCGCAGCCCAAAGCCCCUGGAAGAAGCUCUUCAGAGUGUGCAAGGCCGAGCAGGGCGCCAAAACCGCCUCUUCCGUCCACAGCGAGGAGCUGUCAGGGGAGCGUCUGGAGAGGCAGCGCAUGGAGAGGGACCUGGACGAGGCGUCCCGGCGGCUCACCAUGGCCCACGAGGAGAUCCGCCGUCUGACCGACGAGCUGGACUCCGCCCGGAAGACGCAGAGUGUCUGUGAACCAGAGCUGGAGAGAGCUGGCCAGGAAGUGGAGCAGCUCAGACAGGAAGUAGACAGGCUGAAGGAGUGUGAUGCCACUGAGCUGCAGCGGGCCAGGGAGCUCAACGCGAGGCUGGACCAGGAAAUCCGGGCCCUGAGGGACAGAGUUCGAACCCUGGACGCUGAGAGGAAGACUCUGUUGCUAGCGGUGGAGAAUAUGAAGACUGAUUCAAAUAAGGAGCAGGGAAGUUCUCACCUGGAACAGGUUGCGGGUAAAGAUGGCCUACCUCUGACCACCUCGGCAGCUGGGGACCAAGACCGGAUUCAUAAGAGGUGCCGGCUGGAGUCGCAGGACAAGGAGUGCCGUCUGCGGGAGCUGCAGAGGAGGCUGCAGAGGCAGCAGGAGGAGCAGGAGGAGCUGGUGGAGAGAAACGAGGAGCUGGAGUCCCUGCUGGGCGAGGCCCAGAACGCCAGCAAGGCGGAGCGCGAGCGCCACGACUGCGAGGUGGAGGGGCUGCAGAGGAAGAUAAAGCACCUGGAGGCAGAGGUGACCAAGCUGAGCUCCCAGGAGCCUGCGUGGAAGGGUGGAGACCUAAGUAAAGAGUCCGAGGUCUACCUCCAGCAGCUAAGGACCAGCAGCCAGGAGAGGGUGGCGCUCCUGGAGGGCCGUCUGACCGAGGAGAAGGAGUGGAGGAAGCAGCUGGAGGUGGAUCUGACCGCAGCCCAGGCCGCUCUGAAGAAGGAGAAAGAGGAGCUGCACCGGGAGCAGAAGGAACGGAAGAAACUGCGGGCGGAGCUUCAGACCUUACAGCUGGAUUCCCAGCAGGGGAAGGCCUCGAGCACCAGCCUCACACAACUGAAGGGUGAAAAGGACAUCUUGCAAGAAAAGGUGUCCCAGCUGGAGCGGGCUCAGAACCGGCUCCAGAGCGAGCUGGACCUCCGGACCUCGGCGUACCGGCGGGCCCAGGAGGAGCUGAGGGAGAGCCGGAGCCAGGUGUCGGAGCUCAGCGCCCAGGUGGGACGGCUCCGGUCAGAGGCGUCCGGUCUGGAGAGGGAGCGCAGCACGCUCAGGGCGGAGCUGCAGGAGGAGCAGGGCCGUGCUGCAGAGCUGCAGAGGCGGGUGGGUGAGGAGGCGCAGGAGAAGCGGAGGCUGCAGGGGGAGAGGGAGCAGCUGAACCGGGAGCUGCAGCGGGCCAGGGAGCAGCAGCAGGCCUCCACGCCGGAGGGACGCGGGCCUCCCCGUGACCCCGACCCCCAGCUCAGCCCCCCUCUCCAGCACAGCCCCCGGGACGGCGGGCUCAGCCAGCUGGCGUCUCUGAAGAUGGAGAUGACUCAGCUGCACUCCACCCUGGAGGAAGAGCGGCAGCUGGCCAGUCAGCACCAGCUGGCCCUGCAAGCCCAGAUCAGUGAGGCGCAGGCCCGAAUAAAGUCCCAGGAUGCACUGCAGCAGCAGAAGGGGGAGGAGUGCAAGCAGCUCCGACAGGACCUGCAGCGGACGCAGAGCCUGUUCAGCUCAGCCGAGCGCGAGCUGCGCUACGAGAGGGAGAGGAGCCUGGAUCUGAAGAGACACAACGCCCUCCUGGAGCAGGAGAAGAUGAAGGUGUGCGCCGAGCUGAAGCAGGCCCAGGCCAAGGUCAGCCAGCUGGAGCAGACGGGGGCGGGGCAGAGGGCGGAGCUGGAGCGGCUGCAGCAGAGGGGGCGGGAGCUGGAGCUGGAGCUGGGGCGGAGCAGCCAGAGCCGCCACGCCUCCAGCGGCCUGCAGGACGAGCUGAGCGCCGAGCGGACCCGCCUCAUCGCCGCCGACAAGAAGGUGCUGGAGCUGCAGCUGCAGCUGAAGAACACUCUCCACCAGCUGCGCCUGGAGGAGGCGCGGGCCAGCGAGACCACCAAGCUGGAGAGGGACACGAGGGAGCUGUCUGACAGCCUGUCCGUCCUGAGAGCUCAGCUGCAGGACGAGCAGCUCCAGAGGAAGCUGCUGGAGCAGAGAGAGGCGGAGCUGCAGCAGCAGGUGCGCUCGCUGCGCUCCAAAGAGGCGGCGCUGAACCGCGCCAACGGCGAGCUCGGCCACCGCCUGCAGGAGCUGGAGACGCGGCUGGAGGUGCGGGAGAGCGAGCGCAGCAGAGCCGCGGAGGAGCAGCAGCUCAGCUCGCAGGCCUGCAAGGACAUGCAGGGGCAGCUGGCAUCCAGUCAGCAGGAGUCCGAGAGGCUGCAGGAGGAGCUGCAGCAGGUCAUUCAACAGCUGGACACACAAAUCAGGAAGUACAACGAGAAGCAGGCGCACCACAGGAUGAAGCUGCGCAAGGCCAAACAGAUCUUCCUGAAGGAGACGGCGCAAAGGGACGGAAGAAUCCAGAAGCUGGAGAACGACCUGGCCCUCGCGACCAGCCUGUCCGAGAAGGAGCGGGACUGGAUUAAGAGGGUGAUGGAGGAGAACGAGAAGCUGCUCCUUGAACAGCGUGACCUGCUGAGGAGGCUGAACGAGGCCGAGGAGAUGGGGAGCAGCAGCCAGAGCACAGCAUCCACCGUCCAGCACAGGGUGAAGUUUCUGGAGGAGGAGAACAGGUACCUGGAGGAGAAGACGCUGCAGCUGUCCAGUCAGGUGGGAGCUCUGGAGCGUGCUCUGAGGAAGGUCCAGUCCGUCUGCAACAUGGAGGAUCUGAAGAAAGUAUUUCCUUCUGAGUGUCUUCUCAAUGAUAGCCUUCUACAAACGUCCAAUUCAAGUAUGAUGUCAGGGGUGUGCGACACGCUGGGCCUUCUGGAUGCCAUCCGCAGGGUAAAAGUGGGAGGCUCCACAGAAGGCACGAAGACGUCCUCCCCUCUGCCACCGCCCCAGCCUUCCGAAAUUGGCUACCUGAACGUUACCUCCCCCAUGGCCUCCACCUGUCCUCACCACGACCCAGAAGAGAACCUCGGUUUGGGCAUCGAUGAGGUUUAAGGGGUCCUACUGUGUCCUAAUUGUCUUUCGCAUCAAGGGGCUAUUUUCUCGGAGUAAAUAUUAAUUUACUGCUGCUGUUGCCACGCGACCCCCUGAGAUUGGCCAAUCUUCUUUUAUUUAUCCUUUUGCUUGCCAGUUUCUACCCUACAAGGGUAUCCUCUUGGACUAACCUGGGGACUCACCACAAAGUUGCAUGACAAACUACUUAAAAAUGAACUUAACCGCUUUGGAAAUAUUGCAAGACAAUCCUGUGUUUGAGGAACUUAGUUGGGAGCCAAGUUUGUGGGCCAGAGAAGAAGACUGUUCCCACACGGAAACCACUACAGCCGAUCUUAGGCCCAGUUACGGUACAUCACUUUUCCCCCACUGUCCUACAUUGCUCAGGGUCCGUUUCGUUCAGGGGCCGUGCGCCACCUCUGUCUCUUUAAGACGUGCUGAGUGGAUGAAUAGUGCUUUUGUCCAUAGCAUUUUUUUUUUUUGUCGCAGCAGUUCUGGUCGCACUGCUAAUCUGCUGGGACCUAAAGGCGGUGAGCGUCUGAAGUUGACCCGGUAUGACACUCGUCGUCAGUCUAGACGUGCACUAUUAAUACCCAGAGUGCUAAGGGCCCUGAAUAAUACAGAAGGCUCUGAUUCGUUCAUCGUGAUAAAAGCCAAAGCAAAGAAAAGUAGGAAGUGCAAAUGUUUGUAAUUGGAUAUACUGCUUGCGUCUGUGUUUUCUUAAGAGCAAGAACAGGAACUUUUACUCUGGCAGUAAAAAGAAAGGCAUGUCACUUGUACUUACGUACCUCCUGCUACUAGUGUGUAACAGUGACAAUCCCUGUGGUACAAAGCAAGUGUGCAGAACUGUUUGACUGAAGCACUUUAAAAAAAGACCUGUGCUCUAAACGGUCUUUCGCCCCCCCCCCCCCCCCCCCCAGACCACUGGUACCAUGGUACUUUUUUUGGGAAUUUUAUUUUUAAUUUUACUUGCUUUACGCCAUAGCUGGCAAGAAACGCUGUCGUACAAUGUUAACCUUUAUUGUGCUUUUUUGUGCGCAAGUUGUUGCCGUUUUAUUACUGCGGCCUGACUUAAAUUGUAUAAACGUGUAGGGCCUAUAAUGUAUUAUAUGGACAUGUGUAACAAAAAUGGCGUAUACUCAUCCCUUCUUGUAUGUUGCACAUACGGUGUCAGAAAAAAUGUUCAUGUAAAUUAUGAUCUGAACUGAGUGAACGCCUUUCACAGAUGUUGUAUAUAGCAUUAACGGCUUUAAGCAGGCGGGUUUGUAAAACAAAAACUUUAGGCCACAUAUUUUUGUAUCCUGAUCAGCUUUCUAAUCGUGAUCUCUGUAACCCAUUCACACAGCCACAUUAUUUCCGAAAAAUUAAAAAUGAACUUCUCAGCUAGUUUCCUUACAGUUAAAUAUGUCAUUAAGUCAAGACACAAGGACAACUGUCACCCAAACACAUCAGUCACAGUAAGCCAUUUUACUGUCCCGUUUGGUCUGAGAAAGGUGAAAAAUAAUAAUGUUGUUAGCAAUAAUAAUGGAGGUCCACAGUGUAGUUGUACUGUGCACUAAAUGUGGCUGUGGUUUGGAUUUACAGAGCCCUUUUAAGUCUUUUUUUUUUGCAGGGACAUUUUCAUUUUAAUGAACAAUAGUAUUUUAUUAAAUGUUAAAUUUUUCCAUGAGGAUGCAUUACCAGCUGUGCGGACAAAAAAGUCCUUGAAACAGGAUCCAAUUUUACACAUCCUGUUUUUUUACAGUCCAAACUAAAGGGCAGGCCUGGAUGUUUCUGUAACAGUGCACACAAAAGUUGCUGAAGCUCCAAGUGACAAAAUGGUGAAAUCAUGUAGCAUGAAAUUUAAAAAAAAUUUAAUCAUAUUGACUACAAAGGUACAGAACGCAUCUUGGACAGGUACAAGAUAUUUUGAAUGUGCCGGCAUGUUAUCUUUUCUUAGCACUGUUCUUAUUUGAAUUGAUGCUGUAGUGUUGUGCCAGUCUCAGCCAGUACAGAAGGGCUAACGAGAAACACGGGAAGGCCAACCUAGUUGAUUGCAGGAGUUGUAUUUUGUCUUGGUUUUUUUAAAUUUUAUUAUUCUUUUGGUGUAUUUAAAAAAUUUAGCCAAAAUGGACAAAUCUCAUUAUUCCUUCCUGAUCGGCUCCUGGAAACUGAAUCAGCAAUUUUGUCAGUCACCGUGCUUGGGUGCAGUCCACAAGUGUCGGUGUGUUAUGCAGUAAAUGUGGUGGUGGUUAGCAUUCCAAGGUCUUUUUGCUGGCAAAAAGAUACUUUUAAUGCAGUGGUAGAGGCCCUGGUAAAUAGGAAGGAAUACUAGAUUACAAGUUUGUUUGGAAAGCCCCCCCCAGUGGAGAAAAUGACUUGGCCUAACCUAACUGUUGAAGAGCUGCUGUUACAUGGUACCAAGUUCAAAGGUUAGUUAUAAAAAAUUUAAAAGCACAUUACGAGAUGCUGGUUGGCUUUCUAGCUAAAGUAGCUAACCAUAGCUUCUUGCCUUGAACAUUUCUUCCAUUUAUGCGAGGGUGUUUUAGUUGUCCUAGCGUACAUGUAUAAAUGUUCACAAAGUACCACGUUUGCAGCAUAGCAUUUGGGUUUUAUCAGAAUUUUAGUGUGAGACCAUCACCCCCUCCCCAUCCUUUUAUCCUAUUUGGAACUGCCAAUUGCACAAUGGUCUCACAUCUUAACUGUGCCACCCAUACCCCCACCUUUGUAGCGGACGUGUACCCACAGAAUAGCACAGGGUAGCUAGUGCUAACCCAUGUCACAGGGGAACGAGUAACUAGAAAGCAGCUGGGGAGUAACGAGGGCAAACGGUCAUAUCCACUACUACCGAUUCCUGGUCGGAAUAGUAAUCGUUUCUCAUGACUUCAUAUCUGUAGCACAAACAGCUGCAUAAUGUAGCUUCGACCUCUUUCCCCACAAAGGGUGUUAUGUAGAGCAAUGUGUUUUAUUAAAAUGUAUAAACUACAAUACUCAGAAUAUUAUGGUUUGUUCUUUUCCAGUUUUAUGUGUACUGUGCCUGUAUUACUAGGGAGAUAGGAUGUAUACUUGGACCAGCAGUAUCCAACUGCUAAAUAAAGGUUACUGAUAUGAGGUUUUUGCAACACUACAAUCAUGCUGAUUUGGCUCUAUGCCAAAGAGGCAGCAGAAGGUAUGAAAAAUAACCUGUGAUUUUUUUUAUUGACUGUAAUUUUUGUUUACUCUUUUGAUUUCUUGUUGAAUUGUAUGUUUUUGUGUCCAUUAAAAAACUUUGUAUUUUUCAUAAUUAAAUGCCCAGAUUCUAAA